AUGAGUGACCCUCCACCAUCUCGUGCCCCACCCAUACCGCCUCUUGAUCUCCCCUCAGCAGCCCUACAUAUUCACAGCCGUACACGGAACGAACAGCACCCAGAUUCUGAAGUUGCGGUACACCAUGAACAGCAGCGCGUUGCAAAAGAGCUGGAGUCCGUGAGGCGCAGGGGAGUUGCAACACCAAGUGAAGCAAAUGCAGAUAACGUACCGAGAGACGACGAGUUGAGCCGUUAUGCCAGCACGCAACCAGAUGUGCCUCAAGAGACGGAAGAUAGUAACGCAUCACAGUGUAGGACCCGAUUCUACGACCCAGUCACCAAGUUCUGGAGCACACAGAUAAGUCUGACCAUAGAAGAGGGAUCGCUGAGAGACCACCUGGCACUCGAGCGUACCUUCCUCGGCUACCUGCGUACCUCACUCCUCCUCGUAGUAACGGGUGUGGCUAUCGCCCAGCUUUUCCGGCUGCAGCAUAGUCCGCAUCCGCAUCCUCAGUUUGGCUUCUACAAGAUAGGGAAGCCACUGUCUGCAACGUUCAUUUGCAUGGGUAUCGCGGUUGUGCUGAUCGGGGCGAUACGGUUCUGGAGAUUACAGAAUGCGUUGGUGAGGGGCAAGGCCAUAGCUGCGGGGUGGGAAGUCAAUCUGGUGAUGGGCUUGGUUGGGUCCUUGAUGCUGGCGACGUUUGGGCUUAUUUUGGGGGUUGAUAUUGACAAGGUGUAUUUUGGAGGGUGA